AUGGGCCCAUCUUCUCGAGGCGAGCCAUCGACGCAGCAUCAUCCGCGCCCGCGACAGGCAGCUUCGAUCAUGCGACGAUUGCCACGAGCACGACCAUCGUCUUCCUGCAGGGCCGAGUCAAUACUACUCGACGACAAUAGCGGAAACGCGGUGUCUUCACAAUGGAGCGAUCCUGGACAGGAGAGCGAGCCUUCGGUGAUGGACUGGUCUUCGGGGCAUGAGAAUGGCGAGGGAGACAACGAUAGGAGGAACGCGACCGACAGGUUAGGUAUUACAAUGGCAGGAAAUCGAUCGUUGCGAGACGAUGAGGCAUUGUCGGGGUUGAGAAGGACGGAAUGUUUUCACGACGGGCGGCACGGCCCUUACAAUCCAGCACGACGACUGCUAUCACCAUACAUGCACAUGCUACUUGUGGUGAUGUUUCUGGCGCUCCUGGAGCCUGUCUCGGCUGUUAUCAUACCGUUCGAUAACUGCCUCGACUCCAGAUACACAUCGGGGGAUCCGCCUGGGCUACAAUUCGUUGGCAAAUACCUCGAUGCCACACUCAAUGUCGGCAACGAUUCCUCGCAAAAUCUCAAGGUCACCAUGUGGGGAAAUGUCACCGGUUCGCGGUCGAGGAAGGCUCUUCCUCCAGCCAACGAUACUGCGUACUGGAGCGAUCCAACAAAAACUGAGGGGAAGAUUGUCAACCUGCCGUCUCAGCAGUCCUCCACCACAUAUGUCACAACAACACAUUCCAAAAUUGAUGUUUUGACGUACGAACCCUGGAAUAACGAUGCCGAUUUCUGCAAAAAUCUCGGCGGAGGCUACUCCUGCCCUCUGGGCCCGAAUUUCAACCCCAAUGCUACGCGCAAUCAGUUACCUUCGGUAUCUAUGGCCAACAACUUCACGACCUCAUACGCCUUCACAUCGUGGUCUGCGACUUUCCUCAUAAAGUACACCGAUUCUGAAAUAGUCAACAUUGGCUGUGUCUCGGCGACCAUAACACCCGAUCUCGGCCCCCAGGCAGCCAUUGUGAGAUAUUUACCUGUGGCGCUGCUCGCCUUUGUCGGCUUUUCAACCAUCUUUGCCGCCAUUUGGAGUCCUUGGGGCACAACUGAUGUUUUUCGGUGGACGAGCAACUAUGGCCGCGACUGUGACUUGAUCCGCCUUGUCACUCCAGGAUUCGGUGACUGCCUGCAGUACAUUCAGUUUGUCGUUCUCACUGGUGCGCUGUCGCUCAACUACCCCGGUUUCUACCAACCAAUCGUUAGCCAGUUGGCUUGGUCCACGUUGAUGUUCAACGAGAGCUUUGUCACCAAGGAGCCCGGGUAUCGAAGCCUCCAGGAUGGAAUUUACCUGGCCGAUGGCAAGUAUGGCCUCCAGCGCCUAGCGAUGCUGACAGGGAUGGGCCAAGUCGCAGACAUCUGGGCCGGUAUGAUUAUUUGGGUCAUGGCCAUCAUCGCCUCUGCGAUCUUCCUUGCCCAGGUCGGCUUCGGCGUUCGCUGGGCAUACCGGAAGGCUAAGAACAUUGCUGAAGAAGAUCUUCGCUCCAAGAACAUACCCUUCAGCGUCGGCAACAUUGUCAGGAUCGUCUUCAACUAUUUCUUACUCCCGAUCGUGGCACUGUCUACGUUUCAGUUGGUGGUUGCCAGCGACUCUCCACCUUGGACGGUCGGACUAGCCGUCGUGACGCUUUUCAUCAUCGUCAUCUUUGCCGGCUGGCUCCUAUAUCUAAUCAUUACAGUCAAGCCGAGAGCCUUUCUUUUCGACGACCUCCCCACAGUCCUGCUCUAUGGACCUUUAUACAACACUUACUCGGACGAGGCUGCCACAUUUGCCCUGGUGCCCUUGUUUCUUACAUUCUUCCGAGGCAUUACCAUUGGUGCCGUUCAGCCCAAGGGCAUCGCUCAAAUCAUCAUAUUGGCCAUCUGCGAGGUCCUGAACAUAUUUACCAUCAUCGCAAUCAAGCCGUUUCAGAAACCGACGUCAAUGAAUGCCUAUCACUCUGUCUUUGCCGCGUUUCGGUUGGCUUCACUAUUACUGAUGAUGGCUUUCAUACCAGAGAUCGGACUUACGGAGGGCCAGAGGGGCUGGGUUGGCUAUGCCAUCCUCGUGAUUCACUGCUGUGUCAUGGGUUUUGGUUUCUUCCUCAACGCCUUGCAGACAACGCUAGAGGUCGCCGUGCGUCUCUCUGGCGCCGGUGGCGAUACCUCCAGAGGCUUACAAAGAGGAGGUCUUUCCAAAAUCUUUGGGAUGCGCCAGCUGCAAAGGAGGGCCGGAGUUUCUAGAAACAGUCAUCACUCUGCCUCUGGAAUCCUGGAUAAGGAGGACUUCUCAAAGGGCGGAUUCAUCAUGCCAGGUGGGCGUGUUAGGAGUGAGUCUGCUGGCAGCGGCGUUCUUCUCACCCGGCCCCAACGCAGUUCGUCUGCUCUCGACUACAAUAGCGUCGACGGUGGGUUCGGCCCCGUGAGGACGUUUGACGGGGCAAGUUCUUUUACCCCAACAACGCCGGGAGAAGCCAGCACCUUCUCCUUCUUGCCUUCGUCCGCUCAAGGUCGACACCCCUUAGCGCCACCUGUAGGAUUCGAGGCUGCAGCAGAUCCGUACUAUCGUCCCCCACGAAGACGAGGGCAUAGUCACAGCAACUCUCAGGAAAUGAUGACAAUAGAGAAGAACCGUGGUUCAUGGGCCAGUGGCGAUUGGCAACAGAAGCGACUCAGCCAAGUCACUGGCGGCCCCCUGGGCGAUCCUUCGGACCUAGAUGCCCAAAUAUCGAGAGGCCCGACCCCGGCCCCUGCUGCCUACUCACAACCAGCGAUCAGCUUUGCGCCCAGGACCGACUAUUCCACUCGCGAAGUAGACUUCUACUACGGAGUACGCGGCCAGCGGCUGAAUUCGGACGCUCCAAGCCGGAAAUUGGUCACCGGGCCUGCAGAUCCAACUGGACCCAUGGCCUCGGCGGCUGGUUGGUGGCGUAAUAUAAUUGGCGGAAAGACGAAAGAGAAAGGCAAGGGUUUCGAGGUUGUUAGGAGUGCGCGCAUGCCGCCAGCAAUGAAAGCACGCGGAGGGGACAUCACAGACGACGCAGCGCCGCAAGGUAUACCGGUGGCCAUGUCUACAUUGCGCAACGGGCCUAUCGAGUCGGACGACGAAGAGGAGGAGCUCGCCCGCAAGAAGAGGCGACCCUCCCGUGGCCCAGCACUACUCGACGACGAAGGAAACCCGGGCUCGGAAGAGGGCGAGACCAGCAGUAUCAGUAUACCUGCCAAGAUACCCGACGAGCCGCCAAUGCUGCCGGGGAUCGAAAGAACUAGCAGCAUCAUGCUCCCGAGUCGGAUACAAAGCAGGGCGAGUAGGAAGAGCAGGGUGACCAGCAAGCCGCCGCCGCUAGACUUGAGCAUGCUGGAUGAGAAGAUAAAUGCGAAUUCACCACCAGUCAUACCCCGCAAGAGCUCGAAGAGGGAUUCGGGAAGCGAUCAGUGGAACUCAGCAGGAGCUCCUCCAUUACCCGUCAUGCCGGUGCAGGGUCUCGAUAAGAAUCUCACCAAGGCAUCCGCCGCGUCUUCGCGGUUGCCUUUUGAACGCAGCAACUCCCAAGGAAAACAGUCGUCGACCGCAUCAUCCAUGUGCCCGCCGACCGAGGAGCUGAGCAACAUCGACCUCCCGAGAUCUUCGUCUACAAACAGCCAUGAGGACCGCCCAACAAGCUAUGGAGUCGUUUCGAAAGGCAGUGUCAGCCGUAUUGAUCCGGAGCCGCAGUUUGCAGGAAGUGAAGCCGAGCUCGUCAACGAAACGACACGGUGA